AUGGACGCUAGUCCGAUUCAACUCUACCAGCAGCAGUCUGUGGUCUUGCUCUUAGAGGGAUGGAGGCUGCGCCUCAAGGAAGCUUCUUUCAUGUACACAGCCGUCCGCACACUGGCAAGGCUCAUGCUGUCGCAAGACUUUGCAGUUGCGGCUCUCGCAGAGAAGCUGCUUCAAAGCGAGGAGGGGGACAUGAGGGAGGCCAUGGUGAAGGAGUUGGGAGAGGCCUGCUUGCAGGGAUGGUAUAUCACGCAUGCCAUCCAAGACUUCGAUGAUGCAGAUUACAAGGGCAGCUCGAUUGCAUCGGUCGUCGAGGUUGGGUAUUUGCUUCCAUUCUACCACGAGACCAUGGCGGGGGCAAGCUGCAUGAAGGUUGUUGUCGUGAUAGAGGAUGGCUUCCGGCAGACUGUGUGGGCCCAAGAGAGUCGAUGCCCCCCGUUCAACGAGACCGGAUGCCCAUGGCCUUUGCUUCUGCCAUCGUUUGCAACGAGACGAGAGAUUCCACAGAAGGAUUUUCAUUGUUGA